AUGGCUUCUACUUCUGUUACUUCAGAGACCAAACAAACAUUCAAGACUACAACUACGACUACCUUCGAUGAAAUAUUCAACAAGUUGCCAAAUUCACUUCCGAGAAGAGUUACACAAGACACCAAGAGAUCUCUCCUCCCUUUGGAUAAAAAGCUUUUAACCGAACUUAGCUCAUUUCAUUCCAUCGUUCCUGCUCAAUUUACAAUGGAUGAUAUUCCUGUCCAAGCAUUCGAAAGACAGAUUAACAGGGCUAACUACUUAUCUGAAGACUCCAUUGUUGACAGAUAUGGAAUACCGAGAAGAGAAAUAGGAAAAGGUUGCUUUGGAACUGCCUACAAGCUUAUGAGACUCUCAGACUUGCACCCUUUCACAGUGAAAUAUGUCUCGUUCACUUCGACUCCCUUGCUCACCAAGAGUAUGGUACUUAGAGAAUUCUACUAUACGAGAAGAUUGUCUAGCAAAUAUGUCGCCAGGUCUUUGGAUUUGAUGAUUUCGAGUAGUCGCCCUGACGAAAUGAUGAUUGUCCAAGACUAUGCUGCAGGUAUUGACUUGUUCGAUGCUAUCACCAAAAACUUGUCCAAGUUCAGGCUGAUCAGAUACAGCGAAAGAAUUGUUAAGCAGGUUAUUGAGGCAAUCUGCCACUGCCAUUCCGAAGGUAUUGGACAUAACGACAUCAAGCUUGAAAAUAUCCGCUACAGCCCGAUGACAGAUCAAAUUAAGCUUAUUGAUUUUGGUCUUUCAACCAGAUUAGCAGAGCUCGCUACCGAAGAAAAUAUCAGUUACCUCAUGUCUUCAGGAACUCCAGGUCUUUUGGAUCAUAAUUGCAGAAAAGCACUCCCAGAUUGCACCAUGUUCUUCGGAGAUACUACUGUGAAAAGGAUGUCAAUGGCAAAGGAUAUGUUUGCAUUAGGUCUCUUAGCUUUCUCUGUGAUAUCCAGAGGCAACUCACUUUGGGACAAUUCAGACUUUGAAGACCGUGAUUACUGUACAUUUUUCGAAACAAGAGAACUUACCCAAAUGAUACACUAUAUCAGGGACGUGGAAGGUGAUAGACAAGACAGAGCAAUUAUGUUCAAGCCAGUAUUGGAGAAAAUGGUUGAACCUCAAGAUGGUAGAAGAUUGACCUUUAGUAACUUAGUAAAAAGUGAUUGGUAUACUUCCAUUUACGAACUUGGUGAUUCUAAAUAUUAG